GCUUUCUCAGCUGAUAAGUAUUUCAAUGCGGCAGGAUCAGGAUCAACCUGUGGUGAAAGUGUCGAUGUUGUCUUUCUAAAUAUUUGUCUGUAACAGAAAUAAAGGAAAUCCGUCUUAUAAUCAUGUCUAAUAACAACGAUGAUAGUUUCAAUGAAAAUACGUGCGUUGUUUGUUUCAAAAACGUUGAUAUAUAUUCUAUUGGCGACUGUGAUCACCCAGUUUGCUAUGAGUGUUCCACAAGAAUGCGAGUCUUGUGUCGUCAAAAUGAAUGUCCCAUAUGUAGGCAUGACAUGCAAAAGGUCAUCUUCACAAAAACCGUGCGACCUUUUAAAGAACUGGAUGAGCUGAUAGGGACAAAAUGCUUGUUGGACCGCAAGUUUAAAAUUGUCUUCGAAAGCACUGACACACAACACGCAUAUAAUACACUACUGGCCCAUGUCUGCUCCAAGUGUCCAGGCAGGCAUGCCUUCCAGACAUUUGCCAUUCUACGAGAACACAUGCGCAAGGAACAUGAACUCUUCUAUUGUGACCUCUGUGUGGAAAACCUGAAGAUCCUGACACAUGAGAGGCGAUGCUACACACGGAAGGAACUGGGAAUGCACAGGCGCCAGGGAGACCCAGAUAAUCGGUCCCACCGUGGCCAUCCACUUUGUGAGUUCUGUGACCGUCGGUAUAUGGACAACGACGAGUUAUACCGUCAUCUGCGGCGUGACCAUCUGUAUUGUCACUUCUGUGAUACAGAUGGCCUUCACCAAUAUUAUGACUCGUACGAUGAGCUGCGAAACCACUUCAGACAAGAGCACUAUCUCUGUGAGGAGGGUGAGUGCUACGAGGAGAAGUUUACAUCAGUCUUCCGGACCGACAUUGACCUUAAAGCCCACAGGGCGCUGGUGCACGGACGGCAGAUGACGAAGGCUGCUGCCAAGCAGGCUCGCACCCUAGAGCUGGCUUUUACACUGAAACCUCGACCGCGUCAAGCAGAGCAGAGGCGAGCUGGGGGUAGAGGAAACUCACGAUAUCACAGUUACAGUGACGAAGAGGAAGGUGCUGUGGGUGGAAUGGCAGGGGACUACCAUCGCUCCUCUCAGCCAUCCUCAGCACACCCUACAUUUUCCAAGAUCAACACGGCGAGUAAUGAUGAGUUCCCAUCCUUGGGAGGCAGCUCAGCUCCGGUGUCCCGCCAGGGUCUGCAUUUCCCAAAGCCUGGAGGAGUCACAAUUCAUCGAACAGGGGGCAAGUUGGCGAUGACUGAAGAAGACUUCCCUGCGCUUGCACCAGAGGCUACUGCCUCAGUCAGUCUGCGAGUGAAUAGUGUUAGUGCAGCUGAGCGAGCGAAGGGCUCAAAACCUACAAAUGUUUCCAUUCAUGUAAACCACCGACCUGGCGGCGUUGUUGCUACCGUCUCAAGUUCAAAAAAUUCUCACUCGAGGGAACGAGACCCUUUCCCGGCAUUGCAAAAUAGUUAUAAUGGAAAAACACCUGUAGCAACGUCAUCGACACAGUGGAAUGCAGCAAGAGAUUCUGAACCGAAAAUGUCAGUUAAGAGCAAAUCUACCCAGCAGCCAUCUAAAUCACAACAGAAGAGUUCAAAAAAUUACAAUUAUGACGAUGAUGAUUUCCCCAUACAAAAUAAUUUUCCAGCACGGUUAACAGGAAAUGUUCCUUCCCACAUAGCAAGCCUGGCAACCACACAAUGGUCAUCAGGAAGAGAGCCUGAACCCAAGUUUUCUGUCAAUAAAAAUAAAUCUAAUCAGCCCCCGCCACCUAAGUUGCCUCAACCGAAGACUUUUCAUAUUGAAGAUGAUUUUCCCAGUUUGAAUUCCAGAUUUGAUGCGAGCUGUAGUUUUACACCAGAGCCAGUGGAGCCCAAACCACCAGAGAGUAAGGCUAAGAGAGAAUCUUCAAUUUCAAUAUCAGUAGAUAAUGACUGGACUAAAGCCAGCAAAAAUGUGGUGAGCAAUGAUAACAUUUCAAGUGACAGUGAUAUCGGCAGCAGAAAGAGCGGCAAGAAGAAAAAGAAUAAGUCAAAAACAAAAAAGGAUUUGGUUAGUGAACCGGCUAAGUCAGUUCCAGUGAAGAGCAGUAACAAUGAGAACGGUAAAAAGAAUAAACAGAAAGAAGAGCCAAAAGCAAAAUCAAAGCAGAUAAAGGUUGAAAGCCAAGUUUUUGAGAAUAAAGUGAAAAGCGAGGAAACUUCUGGAAAGAAAGUGCAAGAAACGUUGGAAAGGAAGCGAUCUGAGUUAAAAAUCCAAAGCCUGAACGGUCAACCACAGCAGGAUAACAAUAUCAACAUGAGUGAAUUUCCAUCAUUGAGUGGUAAAAGACUUCCACCAGGUUUCUCCAAUCCUGUGAAGGAGAAAACAUCAGCACCACCAGGGUUUGAGGGGCCAUCAGCUCCUCCUCCAGGAUUCUCUAUUACACUCAAUUCAGUUGCUCGGCCCCCCAGUAACGGCCUUACCUUCACUAGUAGUAGUGGACAAAACUACGCCAUCAGCCCGAGUGGAGAAGGAGGGGGAUCAUCACGUGUAUUCCACUUACGUACCUCCACCCAACAUAAAGAAACGCAAUGCAGAGUUAGUGGUGCGCGUGACCACCGCUCUCGGCAACGCAGGCUGCACUUGAUGAGUUCCUGCAGAUGUCGGGGUUGUACCGACAGGGUUCGUUGA